AUGAUGCGUGGUUUUAAGCAAAAGUUGAUCAAGAAGACGACUGGGAGCACGUCUUCCAGCUCGUCUCAGAAGCGGAAGGAGAAGGAGCGGGAGAAGGAGAAGGAGAAGGAGAAGAAAUCGCCCAGCAAUUCGGGGACUUCGUCGGCGAGGUCUUCUCUAGACAAGUCUGGCCACAGAUCUAGUGGGAACAGUGGGAGCGGGAGCGGGAGCUCGAGGAGAGCGGAGUCGAAGACUGGCGGUGGUAGCGGUAGUGGUAGCGGUAGUGGUUCUGGCGGUAGUACGACUGCUAGCGGUGGAAAAUCCGGGUCGAAUGGUCAGGGGGAAACGGGAAGUUCGAGGAGUGCUGCUAUUCCAGUAUCGAAGGGCAGUCCUGAAAACCCUAGCAAGCCAACGUUGAUUGGAGCAGCAUCGCAGGUAACGCCUCCGCCAACAAGUCCCAAGGCCCAGCCGGCGACCGUUAAUGUCACUUCUAGUGCUGCUGGUGGCACUGCAUUGAUGAUGAAGGAUGCACAGCAUUCGCCAAGCUCCAUAGAAAUACCACGGUCGUCUCACUCGUUCGAGCGAUUGCCCACACCUACGAAACUUAAUGCCGACAGCGAUCUUGAAAUGAUAAAGACUCCACAACGUCAUUCGUCUUCGAGAUUCGAGCCCUCGCGCUACACACAGAUAGUAAAACUUCCACGGUUCGAAGAAGUACUACCGGAGGAACAGAUUCCUUUAUUCAUCACGAAGGUCGACCAGUGCAACACGAUGUUCGACUUCAACGACCCCAGUUUCGAUAUCCAGGGCAAAGAGAUCAAGAGGGUCACGUUGCAAGAAUUGAUCGAGUUUAUCGUCACCAACAGAUUCACCUACACCGAAGAAAUGUACGAACACGUUGUUAACAUGUUCAAAAUCAACCUCUUCAGACCUAUCCCUCCACAGGUGAAUCCCGUGGGUGACGUGUACGAUCCCGAUGAGGAUGAACCGGUAAAUGAGCUAGCAUGGCCGCAUAUGCAGUACGUGUACGAAUUCUUCCUACGCUUUGUUGAGUCGCCAGACUUCAACCAUCAAAUCGCAAAGCAGUACAUUGAUCAAAACUUCAUAUUGAGGUUGCUAGAGCUAUUCGACAGCGAAGAUAUCAGGGAAAGAGACUGUUUAAAAACCACUUUGCAUAGGAUAUAUGGGAAAUUCUUGUCGCUUAGAUCCUUCAUCAGAAGAUCGAUCAACAACAUUUUCCUACAGUUUACAUAUGAAACAGAAAGAUUCAACGGGAUUGCAGAGCUAUUGGAAAUCUUGGGGUCUAUCAUCAACGGGUUUGCACUACCGCUAAAGGAGGAACACAAGGUUUUCUUAGUUAGAGUGCUAAUUCCUUUACACAAGGUGAGAUGCUUGUCGCUAUAUCACCCUCAGUUGGCAUAUUGUAUUGUCCAAUUCUUGGAAAAAGAACCACUGCUCACGGAAGAAGUCAUCAUGGGACUUUUACGCUACUGGCCUAAGAUCAACUCUACCAAGGAGAUUAUGUUUUUGAACGAGAUCGAGGACAUAUUUGAAGUUAUUGAGCCACUCGAAUUCAUCAAGGUGGAAGUCCCACUUUUCGUCCAAUUGGCAAAGUGCAUCUCUUCGCCGCACUUCCAAGUGGCAGAAAAAGUACUCAGCUAUUGGAAUAACGAAUACUUCUUGAACCUCUGCAUCGAAAACGCAGAAGUCAUACUCCCCAUAAUCUUCCCGGCACUUUACAAACUAACGACACAGCUAGAUAAAAACGAUCCAUUGAGCCUGGAAAAUGGCGACAACGAGGAAGAUCCAUACCUGAUGGUGGAGCAAGCCAUCAACUCGGGGUCAUGGAACCGCGCCAUCCACGCCAUGGCAUUCAAAGCGUUGAAGAUAUUUUUGGAAACCAACAGCGUGUUGUACGAGAACUGCAACGCUCUGUACUUACAAAGCUUGAAGGAGAACAACAGGCGUCAAAAGGAGAGGGAGAUGAACUGGAAGCAGCUCGAGGACUACGUCUCCAAGCUCAAGAUUGCAGAAAGUUGA